AUGUCCCACCUCGAUUCUUGGGAGGAUGACCCCGCUGCUCAGGACGAGAACCUCUCCAGACAGGCCCAGCAGAGUUUGAAUCUCAACCCACAAACCUCCUCAUUCCGUCCAGGUGCCACGUCCUUUCAGCCUGGUGCUUCUGAAUUUCAGCCCGGCCAAACAUACCAGGGCUAUGGUUCAUACCAACAAUAUGGCCAAUACCAGCAGCAGGGAUAUGGUGGCUAUCAGCAACAGCAGCCCUACGGCCAGUAUAGCCAGCCCUAUGGUCAACAAGGCGGGUACAAUCAGUACUAUGGUCAGAAGUACGGAGGUUAUAAUGCACAGCAACAGCAGCAGCAACAGCCGCAGUCGCAGGCCCAUCCAGCCCAACAGCAGAAACAAUGGCAACCGACCGAAAUUGCUGAGCGGCGAAAAGCCAGUUCCCCAGCCGUCAACACCCCAGCAGCCCAAAAGCCAUCUAGCACUCCCACUCCCACCCCGACCGCUGCGGUCCCCAAAGCGAAGAUCCUGUCCAUUGGCGGUGAUAUACCAAAAUCAAAGACCUCUUCUACUACCUCCACAACCCCGGCUUCCACUCCGAAGCCUGUACAUGAAAAGAGCAGCGGACCCGCAGCCGUCCAAGCAGCAUCGAAAGUGACAGCCGCUAAAGCGAUAGAGAAGACAGAGAAGAAGGCUGAAAAGAAGGCUGCAGCUUCCGGAAAGACGUCUCCCACCCCAUCUUCCGGCCGGUCGUCCCCCAGUAGGGCAGAAAUCAAAGCUGCCAACCGUGAUGCAGAUUCUGUUGCCAGAGAACAGGCUGCCGAUGUUGACGAGGCCACAUUGAAGGAAAUCUACGGUGAGAAGCGUGAGCACGUGAAUUUAAUCUUCAUUGGCCACGUCGAUGCCGGCAAGUCCACACUGGGUGGUAGUAUCCUGUAUGCUACAGGUAUGGUCGAUGAGCGUACGAUGGAAAAGUACAAAAAGGAGGCCAAGGACGCUGGGCGAGAGACCUGGUAUCUCUCCUGGGCCUUGGAUCUGACAAACGAGGAGCGGUCAAAGGGAAAGACUGUGGAGGUUGGCCGUGCCUUCUUUAAGACUUCCGGCGACACCGCUGAUGGUCCUGUUACUCGUCAUUAUACUAUCCUUGACGCUCCUGGUCACAAGUCGUUUGUCCCUAACAUGAUCGGCGGUGCCUCCCAAGCUGACGUAGGCAUUCUGGUUAUCUCCGCUCGCAAGGGUGAAUAUGAGACUGGUUUUGAACGAGGAGGUCAAACGCGUGAACACGCAUUGCUUGCCAGAAAUGCUGGUGUGAAGAAGCUUAUUGUAGCAGUCAACAAGAUGGACGAUCCUACAGUUGAAUGGAGCAAAGCUCGUUACGAAGAAUGUUCAACCAAAAUUGGCAAGUUCUUGGAGGCUAUGGGAUACAAGAAGGAUGACUUGAAAUUCAUGCCCAUCUCAGCGCAGAGGACGAUGGGUAUCAACACCCCUGUACCAAAGGACUUGGCUCCUUGGUACAAUGGCCCAUCGCUGCUUGAUUAUCUCCACAAUAUGAAGAUGCCUGAGCGAAAACUCAACGCCCCUUUCAUGAUGCCGAUCAGUGCCAAAUACAAGGAUAUGGGAACGGUUAUUGAAGGGAGAAUCGAAUCCGGUGUAUUGAAGAAGGGGUCCACGUGUGUUCUGAUGCCGAAUAGAGACGAGGUCACGGUCACGGCCCUGUACGGCGAAACCGAGGAAGAGAUUACUACUGCUACCUGCGGUGAUCAAAUCCGAGCACGCCUGCGGGGAGCCGAAGAAGAAGACAUCAUGCCUGGAUUCGUCAUGUGUUCCCCAAAGAGACCAGUCCAUUGCGUCUCGUCAUUUGAAGCCAAGAUUAGAAUCCUUGAUCUGAAGAGUAUUCUUACUGCCGGCUUCAACUGCGUCAUGCACAUUCACUCAGCUAUUGAAGAGGUUACGUUUGCGGCUCUACUUCACAAGCUUGAGAAAGAAACCGGCAGACGAAGCAAGAAGCCACCACCAUUUGCUAGUAAAGGCCAAACCAUCAUUGCUCGACUUCAGGUUAUUGGGGGAGCGGGCGCUGUUUGCGUAGAGCGAUUUGAGGAUUAUAAUCAACUCGGACGGUUCACCCUCCGUGAUCAGGGACAAACCAUUGCUAUUGGAAUGAUUACCAAGCUGAUCACUGAUACCCCUUCUACUUAAGUUGCAAUUUAUUGUUCCCGUUCUGGGUUUGUCUAGAUUGGGGGAAUUAGAAUUUUGCCUCAGAAAUAUUGUUUGGCAAAAAAUUUGUUUUGAAGUACCGAGUAUGGAGUAGUAGAUCUUAAAAAUGAGAUGCGCAUGAGAUGAACCUCUGCA